GACACUGUAAACGCGCACGUUGCCGAGUGAUCUAUGCCAGCGGACAGAGCGGUUCACCUAUAUGCAUAGCCAUUAACCAAUUGGCGCCAAAUAGUAACGACAAACGCGAAAGGUGUUUUCUGGCUGGACAUUGACGGGGGGCGACCACCCCAGACACGCGAUUAGUCACAAGAGCGAGGCAGCGGCGGCCGAAAGCGCAGCACCAGAAAGAGAAACCGAAUCGCGCCUCGUAAUUAUUUUUUUUUUUGACAAUUUUUGGGUUUUUGCAAGCCUUUCCGAGAGGCAGCUUUGAGCCCCAGAACCUGGCUGGCGAGAGAGAGCGAGACACAGAGGGAGAGCGAGAGCCCCACACCACACCACCCCCACACAAACCCCCAACGAAGCAGCACCGAAGUAACGAAACGAUCGCGCGAAACACUUCGGCUGCCUGCCCGAGCGCGUGUGCAUGUGAGAGUGAGUGCUAAAGUGUGUGCGUGCCUGCCUUUGAGCGCAGGUUUAUCAAAAUUCGAUUUUCAUUUUCUGUUUUAAUACAAUUUUUGCCGUACUGCCGUGUGGAAGUGUGUGGGCCAAGGAGCAGCCAGAAAGCAGCUAAAGAAACGCGGACCACAACUGUAAAAAGAGUGCAUGAUAAUAAUAAAAAUAAUAAAAACAAAAAAAAAACGUGCAAUACAAGUGAAAAAAUAAGAAAAACAAAAGUAUAUUUAUAAUAAAAUAAUAAACAAGCUGUGUCUCUGUUUCGAAUUCGGUUUCGACUUUGCGCCUGUGUUUAUAGCGAAAAAAUCACGUAAUUUAAUCCGCGAGUGCAGGAGAGGUGCAGGAGUGCUGUCUCGGCCCGCAACCACCCCCUUCGCGCUGGUGAAUGGUGUAUGCAUUUUGACGCGUCGUUUACCGUUAACCAACCACUUGAACUGCACGUGCAGAUCGACCCCAUCCAAGGCAGUGGGCAGUGGGCAGUGGGCAGUGGGCGUGUGCACCCCUCGAUCAAAAAAGAAAGAGAGAGCACACUUAUCAGUGCGCAGAAAAAGGAGGCAAAGAAAGAGAAGAAGAGCAAGAGAAUUGAGUCAUCUUCGGACAUGAGAAAGUGCACGAAUUUAUAGAGGAGAAAACACACACAAAAACACGGAAAAAAUACUUUUUCCAGAAUAUUACUUUUAAGAAAGUAAAAAAUUCAAUGUUCAAAAUUCUGUAAAAUGUUUUAAAAAAUAUAUUUGUUGUUCCUUUCCAUUUUAGCAGCGUCCUAAAAAGUUCAGUGCCAAAAAUCGCAAUUUAGUUAUUAAAGAAUACAAUUAAACCCAAAAACAAGUUGCCAAAAAUUAAAUAUAAAUACAAAUAAACUAAAAAAGACCUGAGGAGCGUGUAAAUAAGAUUAAAAAUACAUUAAAAUGAAAUCAAAAAUAACAACUUAAGCUGGAGAAUGCAACAAAUACAAAUUACACAAAGAUAAAUCAAGCCAAAAAUAAAUACAUCAAAAUAUCAGUGGAAAUAAAACACAAACAAUAAAAAGAAAAACAAAUAAACAAACAAAAAGCAGACAAAGGAAAAAACGGAAAGGAAGGAAGCAGGGAGGCUGAAAUUGCAACAGAAAUUUUUGUGAUAAACGCUGACAAUUUGUGGCACGUUGAAUGAUUGCCAUAAAGUCCAUUGAAAUGCAGCACAACAACAGCAGUGGCAGCAUCGGUGGCAGUGGCAAUGACAGCCAUGUGCAGCAGCAGCAGCAGCAAAUGUUGCACCAACAGCAGCAACAGUUUCAGCAAGAUUACGUUUGGGCGAAUAUCGGGAAUAUCAGUGGCAACAACAGCCCCAUCAGCAAUGCACUGCAGCUGCAGCUGCAGCAGCAGCAACAGCGAAGCGCCUCCUGGACAGCCGAAUGCAACAAACAGCGCCAAAUUACCAACAAUAAUAACAAUAUGAAUGUCAAUUACAAUCAGCACUUGACGCAACAACAACAACAACAGCUGCAGCAGUACAUGCAACCAACGUACAACAACUACACGCAACUGCAACUGCAACAGCAACAACCACAACAGCUAGUGCCAGCAACAACAUCGCAAUCGAACAAUUGCUACUAUGCCUGUCAGCAACAACAGCAGCAGCAACAGCAGCAGCAACAUCAGCAGCAGCAACAUCAACAGCAGCAACAAUUCCUUGCCCCCACCACCACCCCAUCAGCUGUGGCUGCAACACCAAUUGCAGCCACACGGCAAGUGAUACAAAGACAUGUAAGUAGAGCAAAGCAAUUGCCUUUGUGCCACACAGAUGUUUAGUGUCACACGACCCACAUAUGGUUGCACUUUCCCCAACCCCCUGCACCAAAGCCCAACCCCCCCUCUAGAGACCAAAAAGGAGAGCCACGUAAGUGACGACACAAGGUCAGUGUGGCCUUUUCAUUUGGUUGCGCAUAAAAUUACAAGGCGGCACCUGAACGCAUCGAUCGGUAGAGGCGGCAGGCAGGCAGUCAGGCAGGCAGGGGCCCCCCAUCAAUAUUUAUUGAAAAGGCUGACAUAUCAUACAUAGAUACGAUAAAUUCCUAUGGAGGAACACCUGCCUGCCUCCUGCUCAGGUGGAUCGCGGUGGCGACGGCGACACCGAUUCGUAUCAGAAUCGAAUUGAAUCGCCUGGCGACCCAUUUCGUAGAGCCCAAAUGCGAGAUAAGGCCACUCUUUUUGGGGCCCCGCGAUUACAAAGGCCAGCCUUUGUUGUUGGUUGCAUUUUGGGGCAUAAAGGGGCGACUUUACCUGUGUCUCGGUGUCUUUAAAUUUAGUUGCUUAUGUCAUAACUAAAUUGUCUGGCGAUAAGAUAAGGGGAGCCAGCCCCAAGAACAUCGCGUAGCCAAAGAAAAACUACGAAGAGGCACGUGAGUGCGAUAUUCCAUAUAUGUAUUGCAUGUGUAGAGCAGCCAGAGCGGGUUAAACCCACAAUAUAAUACAGAUAUAUAUCUAUAUACAAUGUAGUAUAAUUUGCCGUCUGUGCAGUUUUUGCUCAGGAAAUGCUAGAGACCCAGAGAGGAGCCCCACGUAGCUUUCGUUUCCACUCAAAAACGGCCCUCUCUAACGUCUGGGCGGCUCUCUUUCACUCG